CAUACUCAUAAUAUCGUACUUUAUAAAUAAAACGUACAGAUAACUGUAUAGACAUACUGACGCAAAUAUAUAGAUUUUGAUGAGAGAUCACAGAGAAAAUAUUGGAAAAUGAAAAUGGGAGAAGAACAAGAGAGAUUAUUACCAGUAGCAAAUGUGGGUAAAAUCAUGAAGCAAAUCUUGCCAUCAAAUGCCAAGGUUUCAAAAGAAGCAAAAGAGACAAUGCAAGAAUGUGCAACAGAAUUUAUAAGUUUUGUGACAAGUGAGGCAUCUGACAAGUGUCAUAAGGAGAAUCGAAAGACGGUGAAUGGAGAUGACAUCUGUUGGGCUAUGAGUUCAUUAGGGUUUGAUAAUUAUGCAGAAGCUAUUGUCAGGUAUUUACAUAAAUUUAGAGAGAUUGAAAGAGAAAAAGCUAUUCAUAAGCAGAAUAAAACUACUAAUUCUGCUGCUGCUACUACUCAUCAACCAGACGAAGAUAAAAAUGGCGAAGAAGACGAGCAGCAAAUCGGUACGACGAGUUCCAAUCUGUUCGAGUUUAGGGUUCUUGAGAAGGGUAACAGCAGCUGUUUUUUUACAAAGCCAUCUUGAACAUGUGGUAGAACAAACUAACAAGAUUUUGGAAUUCAAUGGUUAAAGCAGUUCUUGGAAUGAAUAUCUGCCAAAGAUCAUUGAACUCUCGGGUGUAAAAUAAAUAGGUUGUUUCUUUGAGGUAAAUAGCUUCUUAUUUUUCUUCUUCUUCAUGAAUGUUGCAUCCUCCAUUACCAGCCUUGUGAGUUUGAGUUAGCUUGUUGCUUGCAUCUUCCAUAACCACUUUUAUUAAAAUUUAGCUCUAAGCAUUUAUAAUUUAACUUAUGUUUCUACUGUCAAAUGUAACUUAUAGGAGAUCUGGAUUGUUUGAUUUCAGCUUA